GAUUGAACAACAAUUCUGAGGCGCCUGUUGGCAAAGUGAGCAUUCUUUUUCAUACCAGAGCCUCCUCGUACCAAGGAGAGAUAAAAUGAACAGGUCUCUCUCCCCGGUACAUCUACAUGUUAGUAGAAAGGCUCCAGUCCACGUACAUGUCAGUACAAGCCCUGUAUUAGAUAAAAAGGCCUCUUCUAGGAGGAUGAGAGCCAGUGAUUGGGUGAAGGCCAGCACUAGCAAGGGGCCAUGGAUCCCACCGCCUGGAAGAACAACCCGUCAAAUAUCAACCAGUGGUGGAGCAACAAGAAUGUCCUGGGAGGGUCCAACUCAUCGACUUGAUAUAGAGCCCGGCUAUAAUGCAGAUGGUACUUGCCUUCACGUCAGCGACUUGAACUCAGGAGCAAAUGGCUCCACUGAUAUAAUACUGGAGCCAGCUGAAAGCAAUGGUACUCACACUAAGCUAGACAGCCUGAGAGCUGAAGUGAGCUCACUCAAGAAUGAAAUGGAGCGACAGAAAAACUUAAGAGAGCUUGACGAGAGAGAACUUGAAAUUCGAGCUCAGUCUCGACUCAAUUCUCGAGGAGGAGGAGGAGGAGGGAAGAGGAUGAGAAGUACGAGCCCAGUCUCCAAGCUACUAGCCGAAAGUUACGAUGCUGAGCAAGUUAACACAAAUCGCGAAUCACUGAUGCAAACGCUAACAGAGACUGAGCUAGACUUGAACUCGGUUAAUCGUCAGAUUGAUCUCUUAAAGGAGACCCUGAGACUACUGAUACGAGAUAAAUCUCUUUCUCCAAGUCGUGCUCGGGAGGCAACAGAUCAGACCUGUGUCCUUCAGGAGAGACUAAGCGAGCUACUCCUCUCUUUAAAAACAGCCAAACACCUCAUAAGAUCCCAGCAAACCAAAGAGUCAAAAAUCAAGCACUACACCGAAGAGAUCGAGAGCCUAUUAAAGAAACUAACAGAAUCAGAAGCAAGUGUCCAAUCUUUUAGAAGAGAGCUACAGGAUAAGGAGAGUCUAACAAUCCACUCACAGCAAUUGCAUGAACACCUUAAUGAGAAGGAAAAGGAACUGACAGAGCUAACAAUGAAAAUAAAGUCGCUGGAAGAAACCCUCUCGCAGAAUGAGUUUGAGUAUGCAAAGUUGAAGUCUGAGUUCCAGACUAUGAAGAGGAAGGCUGACCUUGACAAGGACACACUCAAGCGCUCAAACAAGCAACAGAAAGAUAAAGUGUUAAAGACAGAGAAAUCAAUUGAAGCUUUGAACACACAAGUUGACUGUCUAAUUAGUGAACUUGAUUUGGAGAGAAGCAAGAGCUCAAGAACAAGCAGAGAAAAGGCACAGAUGGAGUCAGACUUGGGAUGCUUGAAAAAUCAAAUAAAAGAUGUCGAGAAGUCCUUUAGUGCUGUCUCAGCAAAACUGUCGCAAAGGAACAGAGAAUAUGGAGCACUCCAAAUAGAAAAUGAUCAAAACAAGGCUACUGUAGUAUCACUUGAAAGCAGGCUACAGACACAAGAAAAUCAGUUAUUGUCAGCUCAAAACACACUAUCAGAUGCACAGGGAACCAUAGCACAAUAUGAGACACUGCUCAGGGACUAUAAAACACAGCUUGACAAGCAUGAGCAGGAGCUGCAUCAAAAGGAGCAAGAGAUUGAAAGACUUCAACAUGAGAGCUAUAUUGACAUGGAAAAGUCCAAAAUAGCAUAUCAGAAGCAGCUUUCAGAGAUGGAGCCUAUAGCUGAUGAGUUGAAGGCAGCAACAAUUAAACUUCAAGACUCCAAGGAAAGGUUGGCACAAUAUGAGCAAGCAACUGCAGACCAGACCAGAAUGAUUGCAGAUUUAAGGAUAAAGAGUUCUUCUGUGGACAAUUUAAAGGAGAAACUACAAGAUAAGAAAUCUGAAGUCAAAACUGCAGCAGUAAAGAUUGAACUACUUGAAAAGAAGCUAGCUGAUAGUGACAAGCAGAAUAAAGACCUUCUACUCAUCACUAGUAAAAAAGAAGAGCUAAUCCAGCAGCUCCAAUUCAAAGAGGAACAGUAUAUUGAGGAGAUUGCCUCCCUCAAUAGGCAGCUUGAUAGCUCCAGAUCUGAUGCCAGAAGACAAAUUGAAGACAUGAAGAAUAGGAAUGAGUCUAAAGAGAGGAGCCAAUUAGCACGAAUUGCUGAUCUUGAAGCACAAGUAGGACGAGUUAAUGCGCAACUCAGUCAAAUGCAGAAAACUAAAGAUGAGGUUGAACGAAAAUCCCAGUCAAAAGUCCGGGAGUUGCAGGAGAGACUCGAUCAGUCUCAGGCAACGAGGAAGAGUCUUGAAAGUUACGUUAACUUUCUCAAGUCCUCAUACUCAUCGAUUUUCAACGAUACAUCAAGCCCAGUCUGGAAAUCCCCACUCACCCAUUGAGGAAUGAGGAUGGAUGCCAAACUCCACACAAAAAUAUAAUUUAACGAUAGAAGAGUGCAAAUAUAAUUUUAACACAACGCCCCCUAAAAAACUCAAAAUCUUUUAGCUUACAUUUUAAAUUAUAUUAUUAGAAGAUCACUGUGAUAUAGUACAAUUAUUAAUUAUAGAGUAUAUUUUUUUCAAUUUAAGAUUGUUCUUUUAGUCGUGCUUCCUCA